AUGCUGUACAUACUAGUGGUGUGCUUGUUCAAUCUACAGCCCAGUGAUGGUACGCUGUGCUACAAUGGUACAUUGAGCUUCAGGCAUUUCGGCGAAGAUCCGCUGACGGCUCCCCCCCUGUUCAGCUCGGCGCGGGACCGUGCGCGCCUGCGCUGUGCACUCACGGUCAAGUGCGAUGAGAACGCGAUGUGCUUCGUGCGGUCGUGGUCUGCGCGGGGUGUGCACGCGUGGAUCGUGCAGCGCGGCUGCUACUCGCCUCCCUCCACCGACCCUCUGCUGCGGGAGAUGGUCACUCCCACUAGAGCCAUGACGUGCAAGGAGGAGAGGUUGCCAGAGGCGGAGUACAAGGUAUGUCUGUGUAAAGCGGACUGGUGCAACUCCGCGAUGCAUGACAAAUAUCACACACGUCGGACACAAUUUAUAUUGCUAUCAAGCACAGUGCUGGUCCUUCGAGUAGGAAUAUUGGAUGUGUGACGGUAAAUUGUGAUAUGCUAUAAAUUUUCAUUUUAUAAUUUUGAUAAAUUUUUAAUUUAUAAGACUUGA